AUGUCUUCGGUCGUGGAAACAGCGUCGCCGCACCUCCGGAUGCCCGCCGCGAAGGCCAAAGCCUCGGCCGCAGCUGCAGCCGCAGAAACGAGCUCGCAAAGAAUCUCGCCGCCGGAGACCUCCUCGGUGGACGAUCACUUCUUUUGGACCUAUACUGAAGAACCCCACCGGUCACGACGACAGGCAAUCAUCAAGGCUCAUCCAGAGGUUACGAAGCUUUGCGGUCCUGAAUCCCUCACAAAAUGGGUCGUUCUCGGCGUUGUCUCCUUGCAAUUCACCUGCGCAUACCUCCUCCGCAACACCUCCAUCUUCGACUGGCGGUUCCUAGCCACAGCAUACGUGAUCGGAGCCACCUCCAACCAGAACCUGUUCCUGGCUAUCCACGAGAUUUCUCAUAACCUGGCAUUCCGGUCCCCAAUGGCCAACCGUCUGCUGGCUAUUUUUGCGAACCUCCCCAUCGGACUGCCAUACAGCGCUGCUUUCAGGCCCUACCACUUGACACACCACAAAUCUCUCGGCGUAACCGGCCUCGACACCGAUCUCCCCACCGCGUUGGAAGCCUUCUUCCUGAACUCCAUCCUGGGCAAGACAUUCUUCUGCACCUUCCAAAUCCUCUUCUACGCCGUGCGGCCCAUGUUCAUUUACAGCCCACCCUUCACCUUAAUCCACCUGCUGAACCUCUUCGUGCAAUUGAGCUUCGACUACGUCCUAGUCCGCUUCACCGGCUCCUGGCAACCAGUCUACUACCUAAUCGCAAGCUCCUUCCUUGCCGGAUCCCUGCACCCCUGCGCAGGCCACUUCAUCGCCGAGCACUACUUCUUCUCGAAGGUGAAAUCCGGCGGCACCGAGUCCCUGUCCGAGCUGAAAACGCUGAAGACCAAGCCCGCUUCCAAGACUGAAUCUCCCCACCCCCUUGCGGACCUGGCCCCGCCUGAGACCUACUCCUACUACGGCCCGCUCAAUAUUCUCACCUACAACGUGGGAUUGCACAACGAGCACCAUGAUUUCCCUGCUAUCCCCUGGACCAGACUGCACAAGCUACACUCUAUCGCUAGUGAGUUCUAUGAGCCGCUGCCUUGCCACCGCAGCUGGGUGUGGGUUAUCUGGACUUUUAUUCUGGACAGCAAUGUCGGACCCUGGUGCCGUGUGAAGCGUGCGCAAGGCGGACGAAUCGUCGGUGGCGGCAGCACCGAAAAGAAACAGCCCACUGGACGUGGAGGCGAGGGGAUAUCGGCUGCGUCGGCGGGUCCGGCGGGCGAGGAAGGUGAUGGAUGGAAAGAGAGCGAGAUCCAGUGCUAA